GGGGACUAAGGUACACAUUCGCUACAAUAGCGAACUUAAAUGUUUCGACCAUUUCAUUGGUUUCAUUUCAAGAAUGAAUAAAAAAAAGAUAUAACUUGGCCAAACCACACACCUAUUUGCCUGCCCCGUCCGACUUAUAAUUUUGGUCGGAUGUCUACCUCUCAGCUACAGUUUGCCAAUGUUCGAUACUGGUGCGAAUGUGGGGGCAGAAAGUGGGUAGGGGGGUGUAUGUCAUACAAACAUGCACUCGUCAACUUCGCUUCACCACUUUAAAACGAAAAAACUAUCUGGAUAGAGAGGAAGAGUGAGUUGAAAUUUAUUAACUAACCAGAUAAUAUUUUCUGCAUAAUUUAAAAGUCGGAGAGACAUUCCAUUGCUUUCGUCUGUAACAUUAACAAUUUUUAGUUCAUGCACAUUAUUUGAUGAAUUAUACACCAUUAUAAGUAUAACAGUCAUUUAAGAAAAUAUAUUCUAAUGAUUGAAUCUCAAAUUCUAUUUCCACUAAUGACAAUCCAAGGAAAUCAGCUGGAUGAUACUGCGAAUAUGGAUGAAUCAACUGAUAAUGAAAAUUACAACGGAGAUUCGCGUGAGAAUGCAGAUGAAGAUAACGUAUCCUUUGUAUCGAAUGAUUUAAUCCUCCAACCAAACCAGCAACAAGAAGAAGAACACAACGGCUGUCAAGAGCAGCAACACUCUAGUGUUCACAAUAACCACCGGCAACAACAAAGUUCCCCUUUUACAGUUGAGAAAAAUAUGGAUCAAGAGUGCACUGAACUGCAGAAAAACAGCAGUUAUAAUAUUCAUAACUCACAUGAAAAUACUCCUAAUUUAAAUGAAGUAAAGAUUGAUGAAGAUGAAGUAACGAACAAAGAGGAUAUUCCCAUGAAUACUUAUCUGACAAAUGGUAAUCAACAGUCCAAAGACAUUCAUUCCAACGGUUAUCAACAAGAACAACAGCAACAAAAAAUGAGCAGAUUACCUGGUACUACUACUAAAGCCUGUGCUAAAAAAUCAUUCGUGUGGAAAUAUUUUCACCAUCCUGAAAUCAAGCAUGGUAUACCAGAUCGCAGUCGUACACAGUGUAUCCUCUGCGAUAGUCAGCUAGCUUUCAAUGCUUCUGGGACAACUACUACAAUGUUAAAUCAUUUAAAAAGUCGUCAUGGAGAAGUCGCUGAACAAGAAGAGAAUCUACGCCGAUUUAAUCGGGAUUCAAGGAAGAAUCAAUUGCGUAAUAUGAUUUUAUCAUCGAAUGAUAAAACACCACCGACUAGUCCAAAUACUGGUAAUACAAUGCUGAAAAAUAAUGAAAUGGUCAAUUCAUUGAAUGAAAAUGUACAGACAACACGUAAUUUACUGAUGAACAAUGCUAGUGGCAAUAAUAAAUACAGUCGUGGUACUUUAUCAGUUGGUCAGCGUGGCAGACCACCUGGUUCAGGAAGAAGACAGAAGUCUACACAUUGUUCGAAAACAAGUGAUCAUGGGGACUUUUUAACGCAAGACACUAUGUCUAAUGGCAACUUGAAGUCGGACGGAAACCCAGCGUAUCCUCUUACAAAUUAUCAAGGAAUAUUGUCUGACCAGCAGAAAGCCUUUUUAAACGAGGUUCUACUUUCCGCUGCUGCUGCAUCGGCAUCAACAGCUAGUUUACCAAGAGGUGAUAAUCGAAUAAUGAAUGCGGGCUUCAUAAAUCAAACUUCGUCACCAUCAGCAGCUUCUUCACCACCAUUUUUCGCAUCAUCUACGCAGCCAACACAGAUAACUACUGAAUCAGUUUCAACGAAAUCGCCAUUCACGUUUUUAAACGGCAUGACUGGAUUCCCCAAUAUUCCAUUUCAUUUACCUAUGAAUACACCACAAAUUAGCUGUACAACUGGAGCAACAACUACAACAACUCAUGAAUUAUCACCCUCCUCCAGUUCUGGUUUAGGUUUGAGUAGUGUAAACAGUCCAUUUGAAACACCAACUACUGCAAAUACUACUAUACCUAAUGGUGUCCUCAUGUCAUCGUCUUCAUCUUCUUCCCCGAGUAAUUCCAUAGGAUAUCGAAGUAUUACGUCACCAGCUGGCUGUGGAGGACAGCCAAAUGUUAACUCACAAAAUAACCUUGCAGUAAACCCACGAACUUUGCAUAAACCUAAAGAAUGUAGUCAUAUGGGCGAUAAUCACUUACAAACGAAUAAUAUUCUUAUGAAUGGACAGUCGUUUAAUCUUGCUGAUCACUGCAUCAGUGGCAGUCAAGAUGCUAACAACUUGGCAAUGAAUAUGCAAAAUGUAACCCAAGACAGAGAAAAAGUUCUGGAUUUUAAAAAUGAAAAUAAUGAGAAUAUAUUUGACCUUACGCAUGCAAAUAAAAUCAUCAACCCUUCAACCACGCAGUCAACAGGCACCAAUGCAAACAAUGUAAACUCAUCAUCAAUGCUAGAUUGUUCACCAGAAAUGAUGAUGUCAGCUUUCGGAAAUUUCGUCAAUUUAAUUCCGUCAGUUAAUAAUUUAUUAAACGAAAAUACUACUAAUAACAUUAUAAACAGUAGUGUGAAUGAUGCAACAACAAUAAGUCGAUCAGAGGGAACGAACAUAUCAAGUCACUCCACUUCUAGUCAUUUGCAGCAGGCUAUGAUACACUCAAUGUCACCACCACAACAGCAACAUCAACAACUGUUGAUGGCUAAUGCAUGGCUGGCAAGUCUUGCGAAUGGAAAGUUUCCGAACUAUCCAAACAAUCUAGUCGAUCCAUGCGUAAUGUUCAACUUGUUAAAUUUAAAUGCUCAUACGAUGGGAAAUGGGUUUAACAGACUGCCUAGUGUUCCAGCUAUUACUUCAGCGGACUCAAACUGUUCAGAAAGCUUGAAGUUUAGAAGCAGUUCUGAAUUCAACCCACCUAUAAAUUCAUUUAGUUCUGAUAAUAGCUUUCCGAUGAAUUAUCUGAUGGCUAAUCAGAAUAAGAGAGUCAAUGAUGACACGAUGAUGAACUGGUCAAAUACAGGCAGUUCAGUUUUAGCGAUGCCUAACAGUGAAGUAUUGAAAAAUGAAUCUUGUGUAGGAGGACUAAGUAAAAUUGAAAAUGUUUCUUCACCUUUCCAAUUUAAUGGUAACCUUGGGUCCACUGGGAUGAGUCUAACAAGCAAUCAGCAAUCACAGCAACAAAUCCGCAGGUCUAUCCAAGAUGGACAAAAUACUAACCUGCCUUUACCAAUAUCGUUACCUGUAGGCGCAGUUGGAAACUACUCUGCAGCAUCAGGAAUUUCACUCAACGAGAAUGACAUCGGUAAUGACCGUACCGGAGGUAAUAAUAAUAACACCCCUUGCAUGUUACCUAGUUUAACAUAUCAAUCUAUGGGACAAGAUAAAUUUUCUUAUACAAAUACAGCAUCUCUUGUAUCAAAUGGAAUGAAUAAAGGACUACAAGUAAGGGGUCAAGAGGUGAAUGAAGUCUCGUUAGAUUUAUCAAGAACUUCGAAUACGAGUAACAUUGAUAACAACAAUAAUAAUAAUAACUUAUGCAGUGCUAAUUCACCAUGCAAUAAUGCUAUUAACUCAGGUUUAUCAAAAAAUGUUAACAUGCAAGAUGAGAUGAAUUGUGUACUAGAUAUGCGAUCAAAUAACCAUUUCACUGAUCCCAAAUACUCAUCUUCUCAGCAGGAAAGUUUAAGUCCAGCUUUGUCUUCUUCAGCCAACUAUACAGUAUCAACCAAGCGUAAACGUGCACGUCCUGUUUACAUUUCACCAGAACAAGAAUUAAAACACUGCCCUACAGAAUCUAACUCAACUCUGGAAGGGGAAGACAUGAGGAUGAAAAGAUAUCACAUUGAAAAUGUACAUUAUAACAAUAAUAGCAAUGAAGUUUCACCUAAUAAUGAUAAAAGGUCCUCCUGGAAAUCCAAAAAGAACGUAGAAAAUAUACAAGAAAAUGAGGAAAAUGACAGCGAUGAAGAUCAUAAGAUGGCUACUAGUCAAUCAUCAUCAUCAUCGUCAGCAGCAGCAUUUUUAACAUCAAAUGUGAAUGUGCAGGCGAAAUUCGGAGCUAAUGUUACACGCAAUGAACUGUCUUAUUAUAUUGCUCAAUAUUUAAUCAAGGAUUUGAAACCACUUGAAACGAUUGAAGGUGAAGGAUUUCGAACUUUAUUAUCUCUGUUUACAAAUCAUGAGCUACCAACAACUAAAGAAAUUUCUGAAGUCACAUUUCAAGAAUUGUUCAGUAAAGUGGAUAAUCACCUAAAUCAAUUACUUGCGAACAGAAUCACUGAAUCAAAUUUAAAGAAUCCAGUAGUCAGCUUCUCCAUUGAAUUAUGGAGUACAUCAGGCGAUAACAAUGAAAACAAUAGCUCAGAACACUGUUCACUGGAUAAAGACAGAUAUUUUGCCAAUAUUGGUGUGCAUUACACUUCUGAUCAACCUACUACAACUCAUAACUAUUUGUAUAAGUGUUUGCAGGAUCCGAAUAAUGAAGCUCUAUGUGAAACGAUACAAAAAUGUAGAGAAAUUUUACUGUCUAAAACUAACCUAUCAUCGAAGGACACUCAAAUAGAAAUAUCAGCUACAUCUCCAGAGACUGUCAGUUCAACGCCAAUAUCAUCCUGUGAAACGGUCUUACGAAAUAAAUCUAUGUUACCAACCACUUCUGAUAUCACCGCCGCAAAUGUCAACAUGACACCAUCACAAAUACAAUCGUUACAUAAGAUUAUGGAGUGGCCAUAUUUAGUUGUCACUAAUCAUCCUGAAUCGCUCAAGGGGUUGAUUAACGAAACUGAAUCCAACAUAUUAAUACUACCCUGCCUUGUAUCUGAGUUAUCUAAGGCUUUGUUGGCUGGAUUAAAUACGGAUAUGAUUAGAGAUCUAGUUGUCAACUUACUAAAGGUAUAUCGUCAAAAAUUCAAGAAAUAUGAAACGGAAACUUUGGCUUUAAAUUCCAGUGUUCAAGAAAUGAAAAAAUCGCACUGUUGUAAAGCAGUAUAUGACUUGUUAAAAUGGUACAUACAUCAGUUUUUGAAUGAUCGGGGUGACUGUGGUGGUUGUGAAAGUCAAGAUGAAGGUGAAUGUGAUUCCGCUACAAUUAAAACCGAUUUGAAAACAAUCGAAGGGAUUAUUUCAGUCUUAGAAACAAUUGGACAGACUUUGGAAUUUAUUCAUAAGAAAGAUUUAGUCUUAACUGGUUCAAUGAUUCAACCGAUUUUGUCAAACUUAUGCGAUAUACGUCUUGCAAAUGAAUCAUCAAAUUCAACUGCUGUUGAAGAACUUAAAUCGAAAGUUGUAUCUUCUUUGAUGAAUUCAUUCCCAAAUAACGGUCAGGUCUAUGAAACCCUAUGGAUAGCUAGUCUUUUGGACCCACGUUUUAAAAGCCAAGUACAAGAAAAGCAACCAUCUGUUAUCAAAUUGUUAAAAACAAAGGUUGACUUUUUGUCAAAUCAGUCCACGACAAACAGUAGUAACAAUUCUACGUUAAAUGCCGAUGGUCAGUUGCAACAUUUUCAACUGACAUCUGAUAAUACACAUACAUCAUCAGAACUGAAUCCUUCUUCUAACAAGCAUGGAUUAGAAACUGUAUUUGGUUUAAACUAUUCAUCACGUACAUCAUUAUCUGAGGUGGACCGUUACAUACGUGAAGAUCCAAUCGGUUUAGAAGAAGAUCCCUAUUUAUGGUGGAGAACAAAGUCAGCUAACUAUCCAAAUUUAUGUUUAUUGGCAAUGUAUUAUUUAGCUAUCCCGUUAACAUGUAUUUCACCAGAAAGAUUGAAACCAAUGACAAACAGUGGAAAUGUUGGAACGACUGGUCAAUACGUUCCAGAUAUCAAUUUAAAUCUACUGACAACUAUUUAUGAAGCUGAGAACAGGGAGAAUUUCCCUUCUUCGGCAUUGAUGCUAUUAGACCUACCAAAUACUACUGACAUGUUUGGCCAAGAGCGUUUAAGCAUUAAAACAGAAAAUCAAAUCAUGUAUAAUUAUUUGUGGCAUAACUGGCAUUUGACAAAAUUUGUUUAACUCUUCGCUUGUUUUCGUUUUGUUAUUUUAUUUGUGAAGACAGUGUACUGUAUCAUUUUGGCAAAGUCUAAUGAUUCUUUUAUCUCUUUGCUGAGAAAAAAAAUUCAAACCUAUUUCUGUUUGCUUGUUCUCCCUACUUUUUAUUUACCCCUGUGAUAUGUAAAUUUGAUCCCAUGAAUUAUGAACUCGUUGUCUUUAAUUUCUUCUUCUUCUUCCUCUUCUAGCAUGAAUAAGGACUGUAAAUAUGUACACGUUUGCUAAUAGCUUGAUCUACAUCCGUAAACAUAAUUUUUCUUCUUUGAUUGAUAACCGAUAAAUAUUAUCACAAUAAUUGUAUGCAUUCCAUUUCGGCAGCUUUUGUCUGGGUAUUCCACUUUGCAAUUUAUUCAACCUGUUUGUUAAUUAACCAAUUGUUCACAAGGAUUUAUCACUGACUAAACUGAAAUGUGGUCAACAGUUUUAAAAUGAUCAGUUAAAAGUGGACAACAGAUUAUCAUUAGAGAAGAGUAUUUCUUUUACUCAUUACGGUUUUACCAAAAUAACACUUUUGUUCAUUUGAUAAUAAGAGGCAGUGCAUAAGAAUAUCUAUCUAUCUAUGGGAAAUGAUUUGCUCAGAUGUUUUACUUCAAAAAGUAGAAAUUUAAGUGAAUAUCACUCUUUUCUUUCUAAAUACACUGACAGACGUGCAAAUUUACCAGCAGAAAUAAAAUUCUCCAAAUUCUGUUCCUUCACAUAUCUACUCACAUAUAAAUCUGUGUGAGAAACUUACUAUUGCAAUUAGUGCUCUUCUCUGUCUCUUACACUUCGCAUACAAUCCACACGUACUAUUUCCUUUUACACCUUAUCAACAUUGAAUGUUUUUGUUGUUGUUCUGUUCUAUCUUAAACUUGUACAGUUACCUCACUGUGCAUAUCGACAGUAGGUCAUUUAGAAAAUGCGGAAACGAUGUUUUAUAUGUGUCAAAUCUUCGACAUCGUUCUUUAUUAUAAUUAUUUUUCUUCAUUUUUAAUUUGUGUACUGCAGUGUUUUAUUAUUAAAGAUGAAUAAAAAUUUUCAUAAAUAAUAUUAUUGUUGUUUUUGUACAAAAGAUAAAUAAUCGGUAGGGGGCAGAAGAAAGGCACCGUGAUGGCGAGCCACCCACCAUGAUGGCUACA